CUCCCUUCUCGCAUAAUAGAGAUCGUAGACAGAUUAAAUUGCAACAAUUUGAAUCAUACGAUGCAGCACUUUACUUUAUUAAAAUUGCUCACAGUGGUCUUUAUCAGCAGUCACGUUGAUUGUGGAACAUACAAAUGUCCCGUACCAAGUGACCUCACAACUGGGGAUGGCCAGCAAAGAGCCUUCGGCUAUUGUGCCAGACCGGUCACUUUGGCAGACAAAAAUACUGAAAUGGAGAGGAUCAGACUGCAAGGGCGAGAUUUCUUCCUAACCCAAGCUGCAAACUUUCCCGCUCAGCCUGGAGUGUUUAGCUGUGACGGAAGAAAAGUAGGCAAGAACGUUAUGAAACCCGCCACAAUUCGGCUGUGCAGCUAUGCCACUACCAUGAAUCCUCAAAACCCGGAAACUGAGUUAAGCAAGAAAACACUCAAUAAUGUUUGCAGCCCAGUUCCAUGAGCAACUCGACAAGGAAAAAUCU